AUGGUAGGAUUAUUUCUGUUCAAUAUUGCAGAAAGGGUUCUGGAGAAAAUAGCCCUUCUUGCUGGGGAAGUUCUCUUGGCAUUUAGUGUCAAAAGCGAUUUGAGAAAGCUCCAGGACACCAUGAGCAGCAUCAAAGCUGUGCUUUUGGAUGCUGAGCGGCAGCAGCACCAGAAUGAAAAGUUGCGCCUCUGUAUGUGGAAACUCAGAGACAUCUUUUAUGAUGUUGAAGAUGUGCUCGAUGAAUUCGAGUGUGAAGCUCUACGGAAGCAGAUCGCGAAUCAUCCAUGCAUCAGUGUAAAGAGGUUAGACAAAAUUGCCGCUGACUGGGGAAGGUUUGAUUUAGGAGUGACAGGUGAUAACCGACGGGUUAUUCAUAGGGAGACCCACUCUUUUGUGAAUUCCUCUGAUGUCAUUGGUAGAGAUGUGGAUAAAAAAAACAUUUUAGAUCUUUUAAUGAGACCAAGUGAGGGUAGAAACAUCCCUGUCAUCACCGUAGUUGGAAUUGGGGGUCCAGGGAGGACCACACUUGCUCAAUUUGUGUACAAUGAUGAACGGGUUAUUAAGCAUUUCCCAUUAAGAAUAUGGGUGAGUGUUUCAGAGGAAUUUGAUCUUGCGAGAUUGCUUAAGGAGAUUAUUUACUCUAUAAAUUCAGAAAGAUGUGAUGGUUUAACAUUUAAUGCAAUGCAAACUCGUUUGCGAAGUCUUUUGAGUGAUAAGAAAUUUUUACUUGUUCUAGAUGACGUUUGGAACGAAAAUCGUCAGAAAUGGAUUGAGUUAAGAACUUUAUUGAUGUCAUUGGAUAAUCCGUCUCAAAAUAAAAUCAUUGUUACUACUCGUAGCUUGAAGGUUGCUUCAAUGAUGAGUAGUAUUCACCCUUAUCAAUUAAAAGUCCUCCCUCAUAAAGAAUGUUUGACUUUAUUUAUAACAUGGACAUUUAAUGAUGGAGACGAGAGACGGUAUCCAAAUGUUAUAAGAAUUUGA